AUGAGUUCUUCAUUAAGCUCUCGUGAACCUUCACCAUCUAUGAAACAAACUUUACCAAACGAUUAUGGAGCACCUAUUGAAUAUUUCUUACGAGCUGCACAAUGGCAAAGAGCAGUCUCACCAAGGUUAGGUGUUCCACCAGCUCCUGUCAAAAAUAGCAUUUGGUCAAGUCCUUAUAUAAGAUAUGGUCUCCCACUAGGUUUGCUAGCUACAGCAGGAGCAGUUAUGAUGUUGAAAAGAAAUAAAGCAAAUGUUGUAAAUAAUACUGAAGUAGCUGAAGUUAAACAAACUCCAACACCUUCACAAGCAAAACCUUCAAUGACUCCUGAACCUAUGGAAGUACAAACUCCUGUUCAAAAGUCAACUCCAAAACCGACUCCAACAUUUAAACCAGAACCUACUCCGCAAAUAAAUCGUAAAACUCCUGCGUUUCCUUACUGA